UGACGGGCUGUUUUAAGCUAAUGGUAUCGACGACAACAAGUCUUUUAGUGGGUUUAGAGAUGUUCCCUGUUGACCAGGACUAUCACUGACCAGCAUAUGAAUGUCCUUGUGGAUGUAUUCCAGUGAUAAUAAUGGGACGAUCAGUUACAGAAAACACGACAGCCGGAAACUCCAGCAAGGGCAAUCGACCCACUCCCAAAGGGGACAAAGAGUAUGUAAAUCAUGGCAUGGAAGAUCAGAUGGAAGUGGAAGGUUACAUCCGGUCAAAGACAAAGACGGCUAUAGUGAUAUUAUUCACCGUUCUGACUGGUGGGGUCCUCCGACUCUUUCUAUUCUGGUUUCCAUAUCUUCUUGUCAAGUGGACUCACCGGAAGUGUCAGUUUGGAAUCGCCAAAACUGUAAUUCUGAAGGACGAGUACAAUCAGCGGUUCGUAAGCGAUGUUAUGACGGCGAUGGUCGACAAAGACUACAACACUUUAGCUGGGUCUAGUCGGUAUUCAUCUUACAAACGUUCAGGAUCCAACAAAAUCCCCAGGAGAAGGUCAACUGAUUCUACACCUUUACUUUUCUCCGAUGAUGAGAUGCAGUUUGAUGUUGUGCGUUAUUUCAUAUCGAAGAAAGUCAAGUACUUAUUGAACCCGGAAACGGAACUCUUUGAAAAAUUAAGGGGCCUCGAGGAGUCAACAUCGUGUUCGUUCUUUCACAACACUCAAGGACAAAGUAGAGCGGAGCAACUAAAAGGCGAGCAAUCUAUGGAGUUAAUCGUAUCGAUGUCAGUAUCACACCUCUUAUUCAAUUAUUCUUCAAACAGGUCCGAUGGUGAAAAGUCAAGGUCACUUUUACUAAAAAUAGAAAAUUGUUUCCGUGUGAUAACUCAGGUUCCCUUAGGCCCAUCAAACUCAAAUUUGCUGUUUUUCCUAACCACAAGUGUGUGA